AUGACGAAAACUGGAGGCGUCCGAAAAAGGAAGAAGCAACGAGUCAGCGCUGACUUAACUGAAUCAACCACACAAUCGGAAGAAAAUUCGGGAACAAAAGCGAAGAAAAAUGGAAGGAAAAAGAAGAGCAAAGUAGGGAGCGGAUCGGGAGAAACUGGAAGUACGGAAGCGCAAAAGCCAGAAGGUAACACGAAAAAAGUGGUAUCAAUGAGUCCUGCUGGUUCGGCUGAAUCGAUGACUUAUUCGGAGGAUAUGUCGAGCAAAAAGGAGCCCUUGUGCUUGAAUCCACAGCGAAAAAGAUUAGAACAACUUCAUGAGAGCGAUCCAAUAGCCAUGAAAUUUAGUGAUCCUAGUGCAGAACUGGUUCAGCCAAUUGAAGAAGUUUCCGCCGAAGAUUUUGAAGGAGAGGUCGCUGGAAUCAAAAAUGAGCAACUGAAACUCUUGACAAUUGAGAAACUUCGACUAACGCGAGCCCUUAGACGCGUUAACAUUGACGAAACAUAUCUAAAAAAGUGGUUCGAGAACGUUUCAAAGCGAUUCGAUAAAUAUGAGAGCAUAAUGGAUAAGAUUGAGGAGGUUGUUAACGAAUACCACAAGAAAAGAGAGAAAAGUAUGGAAGAUAUUGUGAACAGUAUGAGACCAUUGACAGCUCAUUGGAAGACGAACGAGGAGUUACUGAAAAGAUUACAGCAAAAUAUGAAAAAUUGUGGUCUCCUCAGUCUAUCGCAUAAGGCGCUUUUCGAUGAUGUCGUUCACUAUACAGUAUCAUUCCUUCGGAAAGUUCUGUUCACAAUGGCGUGGAUUCGUGAUAUUUUGUUCACACCAACUGAUGACGAUCGAAGACGUGUUGAGAAUAGUUUAAAAUCCGAUAUUGGGGGUUCGAGGAGUGCGGAAUUUGUGCGGAGUUAG